AGGAACCUCGCUUUAAAAUGGCGGCAUUCAGUAUGCACCCCUGCUAAAGGCUCUCCCGGCACCGGGGCCACCUAGCGCAGCGCUGCUUUUGCUUCUGCCGCUAACAGAUGGCAUGUGCCGCUGUCGCUGCCGCUGCCCCUGCUGCUGCCGCUGAGAGCAGGGCCCCUUAGCCUCUGGGUUUGCGCUAGCAGCGUAAGCAUUCUAACUUUCAUCAGGCUGUCUGGGAAAUAUUAUGACAUGUUAUAUAAUAUUACAUUUGAAACUUUAAGGUGUACACGGAACUCAAGACCUUUGACAGGUUCUGAAAAGUGCCUUUUCUGAAAACUCUGCUGCUUGGAUUCUACUCUAGAGCUGUCUCUUUAUAAACCCCUCUCCCUACCAUACCGUUCCCCGCCCUCUCCACCUCCCCGCCGAACCUGGUGUGCUUGUAGUUUACUGUCAGCAGCUGGUCCAUUUCUUUUUUCUGUGAUUCUCAAUUUUCUUAGUCAUUUUCCCUCCACUUGAUUUUGCAACAAAACUUUUUUGGGGUUCUAACAUCCUUCCCAAUCUUAUUAUUUAAAGCUAAUAAAUAGAGAGAACAACUUUUCUCCCCCUGAUCUGAGACCAUUCCACAAAUCAAAGGGCAGCCAGCAGCAUAUGUUUUUUACAAGAAUAAUUGAAAACAUCAACUGCAGAGCACAGAAUUCUUUUGAAAGUCUGCUGGUUAUUUCACAUAAAUUCGGCAAAGGAACAAAAUAAAGCAUUCAUUAUCUUAACAGUUGGCUUCUUAGGAGUUGGUCUCUAAUUUGAUUUUUAGUUAUUCUGAUAGUUUUUAUGAUUGGCUUUUUGUUUGACUAGACCAGAUUUGACUUUAAUGAAAACCUAAGUGUUAACAAAUAGACGUUUCACCAAAGCAACCUGUUAUCUCUUCACACUUAGUUUGAAUUCAUUUUUAAUCCUUUAAUAGUCCACAAUAAUAUUGUCCUAAAGAGGGUACAUUGGAUUUUAAUUUUGCUUUCAAUAUGAUGGCUGUCAAUGUUGCCCUGAUUCGUGAUACCAAGUGGCUGACUUUAGAAGUCUGUAGAGAAUUUCAGAGAGGAACUUGCUCUCGAGCUGAUGCAGAUUGCAAGUUUGCCCAUCCACCAAGAGUUUGCCAUGUGGAAAAUGGUCGUGUGGUGGCCUGUUUUGAUUCUCUAAAGGGUCGGUGUACUCGAGAGAACUGCAAGUACCUUCACCCUCCUCCACACUUAAAAACGCAGCUGGAGAUUAAUGGGCGGAACAAUCUGAUUCAACAGAAGACUGCCGCAGCCAUGUUCGCCCAGCAGAUGCAGCUUAUGCUCCAGAACGCUCAAAUGUCAUCACUUGGUUCUUUUCCUAUGACUCCAUCACUUCCAGCUAAUCCUCCCAUGGCUUUCAAUCCUUACAUACCACAUCCUGGGAUGAGCCUCGUUCCUGCAGAACUUGUACCAAAUACACCUGUUCUGAUUCCUGGAAACCCACCUCUUGCAAUGCCAGGAGCUGUUGGCCCAAAACUGAUGCGUUCAGAUAAACUGGAGGUUUGCCGAGAAUUUCAGCGUGGAAAUUGUACCCGUGGGGAGAAUGAUUGCCGCUAUGCUCACCCUACUGAUGCUUCCAUGAUUGAAGCGAGUGAUAAUACUGUGACAAUCUGCAUGGAUUACAUCAAAGGUCGAUGCUCGCGGGAGAAAUGCAAGUACUUUCAUCCUCCUGCACACUUGCAAGCCAAACUCAAGGCAGCUCAUCACCAGAUGAACCAUUCAGCUGCCUCUGCCAUGGCCCUGCAGCCUGGUACACUGCAACUGAUACCAAAGAGAUCAGCACUGGAAAAGCCCAAUGGUGCCACCCCGGUCUUUAAUCCCACUGUUUUCCACUGCCAACAGGCUCUGACUAACCUGCAGCUCCCACAGCCGGCAUUUAUCCCUGCAGGGCCAAUACUGUGCAUGGCACCUGCUUCAAAUAUUGUGCCCAUGAUGCACGGUGCUACACCUACCACUGUGUCUGCAGCAACAACACCUGCCACCAGCGUUCCCUUCGCUGCACCAACUACAGGCAAUCAGAUACCCCAGUUAUCAAUAGAUGAACUGAAUAGCAGCAUGUUUGUUUCACAGAUGUAGAAGUUCCCAGUAGAACACUGAAAUUCUGAACAGCAGAGUUAUGGAGUAUCAGAAUCUUUCCAUGGAAACCUCCAUAUGGCCUUUCUAUAUAUUUUCUCGUAUGUCUUAUUCUACCAACACAACAAUAAGCGUGUUGCAGUCAAUGUAUUAAGCAAAGCAAACCUGCCAGCCAGCAAAUUCAGAUAAAAAAUAAAGCAUUAAAAAUCAAUGGAGAUGUUAAAACAACACGAAUAGAAAACUAGUAACUACCAUCCAUCCUAUUUGAAUUAUCAAGCAGAACAUGACCAUAAAAUUUGGUAACUUGUUACAUUACUCUUUGUGAUUUUCUAAUAACCAUGCUAAGUGUAUUUCCACAGUGAGCUGUUGGCUUACUAUAUACAUUCUUGGUGGAUAAAUUGUUCAUCUGUUUUUGAAGUGUUACCUUACUAUUUUGUUUACAAGAUAGUCUAUUGGUUUGAUUCAGGAUGUAACAAAUAUAUUCAGUACCAUUUCUUGUAUUGUGUUGUGCUGUGUUAGGUUUUUACAUACUGUAGUGUUUUGCCAUAUAUGUAUGGUGUUUGAUUUCAACUAAAGUGUUAUUAGUGGGGAACAGAACUAUAUGUGCUUAAAACCAUGACAGGUUCAUGCAAAUAUGCUCUCUUUCUUUAGAAUAUUUCUGUAGGUUUCUUGGGACUGACAUUUAAAACGCCUCACUUUUGAAUGUGCACAAAACCUGUUCAUUAACAUGCAUGUGUAUAAUUUGUACCUGCAGAUCUGAUGUUGCAUAAUACAAUCAAAUUGCUAGAUUUUUUAAGGAGAGAAAUAAUUACCUGCACAAAGCAGAGAACUUCAUAAAACAUUAACCCCUAUUUCACUCUUCUUAAAUAGCUUGGAAAAUAAGACUUUACCUUUAAAUGAAUUUCUCAGCAUUUAUAGUAAAAAUUAUGUAAAGUGCCCAUUAGACUUUUUGUGUGUGUGGCUUGAGAAUCCUAUCUCCUAGGUUGAGUGUCUAAAACUCAGCCAUUUUGUCAUCUUCAGCUCAGAAAUUGGUACUUGGGAGCUUAAAAGUAUGCUAAUUACAAGUUAUAAAUCAAACAGAGAUGGGGGCGUGGAGAUAGUUCUUACAUACUCGAGGAAAGUGUGUAAAACCAUGGCAAUGUCACCUUUUACACAAAUGCCAUUUUCCAAAUGCAAAUGGCUCAUGCUCUUUAGGCUACUCUUUGAAUAACAAGUAAGAAGCAAUCUAGCAAAAGUCAGUCAGGGUGAAAGAGAAUUGGUUACAAAUAACGACUUUCCUCCCCAAAUGGACAGUCUUCUCUAUUGAUCACAGAGGGAGCCUGAGUACAGGCUUGGAGAAAUGGCUAGGACAGGGAACAGGGAAGCACUUACAAUUAUUCCUUGAUUUAUUCAAAAGAACUGGGAAAGAUGGUUGUAGUUGUCUUUAGCUUCGGUUCAACUGAAUUUCGUUUUGUUAAACAGUUCAGUGAAGGAGAAAGCACCUGUGAUAUAUGGCAAGUGUCCCCCUGCCCAAACUUUAACAUCAGACCCUCUCACAUCAUAACCAAGACUUUUUUUGCUUGUUUGGAUUUGUUUGCCUUUAUGUAUGUUUGAAAAUGACAAUAGAGAGGGUUUUAGCACCCUUUGAAUGAGACAGAGUGGCUAUACUCCACAGAGCUCAGCUGAAUUCACAUUAUUAAUACUUAUGAAAGAAUUUUACAACCAAAUAAUUCCUGUGGUGUGUGACAUAUCUCAUCCACUCUACUCAGUUAUUAAUGUUAUUAUACAGUGGUGGAAACAUGAGAUUUUACAUCAAGUAAUAGAUUUAGUAUUUUCUAGUAAAUAGGUGUUCUUCCACCAGAAAGUAUAAAACCAUCACAUAUAUACAUAUAUAUAUGUGUAUAUAUAUAUAAUUGUUUUUCUCUUUCAUGAAUAUGACAAAAAGCAAAUCUGAUUGAGGAUAACUUAAGCUGGCUAGAAGUGUUCGAAUCACAGAACAAUGGAGUUAGCAAAAUCCUUCUCAUAGUUGAUGGAACUGAAUCCAGGGGCAUAUGACUUGCCCAAGGCUACCUUAGCCAUUGUGGGAACUAGAAAUAUCUCCUGCUUCCCAUUGUUCCUCCUUUUCACAUUGUUCGUGCUUCAGAACAUUUGAUGCUCUCUCCCAAAGCAGACCCAUUUGGCUCGGAAUGCGAGAGAGCAAAAUUAGCUUUCUGGGAAUUGAUGCUCUGUUGAUCUUAAUUAUCCAUCCAAAUCCUGAUCAACAGUGCUUUCUAAACAGUCUUGCUUGUAUUGAGCCAUUGUCAGCUGUUGACAGUGUUGCGUGGAAUUAGAGAUCAAGAGUUGUCCUGACUUUUACCUAUGGACUCUUUGAACCAGUUAAUUUCUGUUUCUUAAAUCUUAACAUUGCUAUAGAAGAAAGUAGUGUAUGCCUUUUUGAAAUUCCUUCUGUAUGGAACUGAGUUUUGUAUGAUCUGUGCCAGUGCCUCUCCAGAAGGGCGGAUCUGACUACAUGAAUCCAGAAGGGAUGCACCUGAGCUAGUCUGGAUAUAUUUCUUAAAGGAGACAAGAACUUUUUUGUGCAAAAUGAACUUUUGUAUAGUUUGACAUCUGCAUGCAGUGAACUAUCUCACUUAACUUUUUCAACUUUGGGCAAAGACGUACAUAAACCAUGGAUAAUAGACCUAGAGUACAGCUGUUUUCAUGUUGCGUUAAGCACUGGAAGACAUUAACAAUGACUUACUUUAAAGUAAAAGGUUCAGUGAGGAAUAUUUAGGGCCAUUGUAUUUUUGGUGCCACAAUUUUCUACAUCGUUGGCAUUUUAAAAGUUGUUUUGUAAAUGAAUUUAAAGAAAGAAAGCUCAAAGCCCUAAAGUUUUGAUCAAAUUCAAUAGAGUUUUGAGGAAAAAAAUACAAUUUUAGGAUAGCACUCUUUGAACUAGAUGUGCAAUGACUUAUUCAAAUUAUCUUUAUUCAAGAAAAGAAAAGAAAGAUAAGUCAUUAGACUAUAAAUUUCCAUUUAAAAAGACAAGUCACAAAACUAAUCAGUGACUCUAAACAAAAAUUUACUGGAUGAAUUGUAUAUAUAAAAUUCUAAUCACUUAUGAUUCUUAGUUAACAUUUUAUAAGCUUUGUAUUUUACAGGGGCCUCUAUUUAUCCAAAUUUAUUGUUUUUUUCCAUUUUUCUCAGCCUUUUGCAAAACAUAUGCAAGAGUGCUGAAACUUGGAUAAAACGGGUCAUGUAUACAGAGAAAAUAAUCUAAAAGUUAUCUUUAAGAGGGAUUUAGUAGUGUCAACUUUUUAAAAAAGUAUUACGUGACCAUAACAUACGUAUAUUUUAAAGAGGGAUUAAGAUUAAAUUAAAAUAAAUGGAUUCAUAAAAUUGCUAUUUAAAUACAGUAUUUACUUUUUUAAUUGGAGCAUGAUUCCACAACCAGCAGUGGCAUUUCAUUUCACUUAUCUAGAUCAGAGGCUUUAAUUUGUAGUUAAUCAUGAUGUGGAAAGUCAUCUUCUCUCUACCCCAUCAGUUUUCUUCAUCCAUUUUUGAACAUGCUGAAGCACUUUGAUCUUGCCAUAAGUGUUGUCCUAUACCACUAGGCAGUGUUCACUAAUGGGAGGGCCUCAGCUCACCUGCUCUCCAAUUUGGGAAAAAGCAAGUACCUCCUCCCUACCAUCAGCAGAAACCGAAUGAAAUUAAUCUUUGCAACUUGAAUCUGUUUUAAGUAGCAUUACCAAUAAGCAUAGUGAUGUCUGAAUAAGGAAUGACAUUUACAUUACAUUUUCUUAAAUAAGAGAGAACGUUAAUGUGCUACUUGAAAUGUUAUUUGGUUCUUUGUCCACCUCUUUGAAGAGUAUAGAUAAGGAUGCUCUUAGGUAAAAUGCAGCCACAAGUUUUCUGAGUUCCUUUAGUCUGUAGGGUAGGCUAUGAGGUACAGAAUGAUUGGAAACUGAAAUCCUCAUUAUUUUUCUCUCAAAUACAUUUCACACACAUUGAAACAGAAAUAGGCAAAAUUUAUGAGGGAAAUCUGAUUUCCCAUUUCUGAUGAAUAGAUAUACUAAGAUAGUAGCCUUGUUUAACCAGUGCCUGUAGAAGGCACUAGAAUAAAUAGCAUGUCCAAGUGUAUAACAACUUCUUCUGUAAAUUUAGUUGCUAGCCUAAUCAAACUGUAAAUAUAACUCACUAAUUGGUACCAUAUUUUCAUUUUUCUUAUUUUUCAUCUUUAAGGCUUUAUUUUAUUGCUUUUCUGUAGCUCUAAGUAACUAAUGAAUUUAAUUUCGAAGUAAAGUUAAAGAAAAUUUAAGCUUUUACUGCAUGGAUUCUGCCCGCCUAGCUAGGGUUCUAAACUGACACUGAAGUAUGACAAGAUACAGAUUAUAGUCCAAAACUAUCCUUUACAGUUCACAAUUUAAGAACAAAUUUAACUUUAUAUACAAAUAAUAAUUGUUAUCUAAUUAUAUUUAGUUGUUGCAUUGGCAACAAAAUUACAACAUGGCUACCUUUAGACAUUUGUGUAUGUGAACAUUUUACUUGUAAACUAUAGGUGAUUUGUGACAGUAUGAGCAUGUAGAAAAUACAGCUCAAAACUAUGAAAACAGACAUGGUUGAGUUAUUUUUUAAACCCAAAGGCCCAUAUAUAAAAGCUGAAUUUGUGUCCUUGUGUGACUUUUUGUGAAAAAGUUUGUAACACAUGGAUUCGAGAAUCAGGCUUUAUAGUUUAUAGAAUUUGUUGUGUGGAUAGGGUUAUUCCACAGUAUUUAGACUUAAAAACACAAUCAUUGCAUUUUUAAUACAUUACCUAACUUUUUUGUAACUUUAUUCAAAAUUACCCUAUUCAAGUGGCAUAGCUGUAGCUGCAAAAAUUCUGUUUUCUGAAAUUACAUAAGCAAAUAUAGCUAUAUGAGGAUUAAAGCAUGACUAAAGCCUCUUUUGAAAUUAAUUCAUAUUUUUAAAACUAUACGUAAAGAUACUGUGGAAUGACCCCUUAACAGUGUUUAAGAAACAUAUGCUGCAGUUAAUUGACUGUCUCAGUUAGGGUGCGGAUGUGUGAGACACACCUUUUUUGCACUUAAUGUACAUAGUCCAUGAAAGCAAUCCUUGGAGCUUUUUUUAAAUGUGAGAAGUCUGUGAUAAUAGUGGAAAAGUUAGUAAGAGAGAGUUAUUUCUAAGGCUUUGAAAAGGACGGUGUUUUUGCUCUAAGACUUAACUAAAGCAUAAUGUUGCUUUGCUGUUAUGGAGGCUUUCUAGUUUGCUACAGGUCACCAAAAGAGAAGGCUAGUAACAGGUAACAGGUCAGCCUCAGCUAACAGCAUUGAACAAGAGUAGAAUAAUUUCAUCUUUUAACAAGAUCAUUAGCAAAGAUUGUUUGCUUUUUAAAUUAAUCCCCACUAUAAACACACACACACACACACACACACACACACACACACACACACACACACACACACACACACCAGGCAGUUUCUAGAACAAGUUUUCCCUUUUCAGUGGUUGCAAGCAGUGAAAUACCUCAUAUAUUACACGAUAGAUAUUACCUUUAUGAUAGAAUCAGAUUUCGUCUUUCACAGAAAGUGAUCAGCUGAUAUAUGUGUCAGUUAAAACGUUUAUCAAUUAAUAGUUAUUUAAGUGACAAAUUGUUAAUGUUGACCACUGUUCCUCCUUUAAGAUCCAGUAACCAAAACCAAAUCGGUAACCAUUGAAAGAUGAUAUUUAACAGUUAAGGAUGGCCAGCGUAGGGCAGUUCAUUCCCUUCAAUAAAGGGAAAAAAAAAAAUGCUGCUGGCACAACUUUAUAACUGACUUUAUUUACAUUAUGCCUGUUCAGUGGAAGCUGUUUUCUGACCUACCUUUACCAGAUUACAAAGUACUUAACUGUGCCACUUCAGCCUCCCACUGUUUUGUUUUAACUAAACAGAAGAGAACCAGCCAAAAUCUUACAUAACACAGGAGCUGGAAGAGAAUGUUUCAAUCUGACCAUCUCUGCCAAUUUUAGCUCCCACACCACCUACAGAUAGCCAGUUAACUUUCUUUUUGCCCCAGGCAAUGAGGCCCUUGAAGAGGUCAAGGUUAGAAAGGUUAAGCAUUUGAUCACCACAGGUACUUUGAGUACCUAGAGAAGGAGCCCAUCCUGGGGUUGGUGGAGUUGGUAUUGCUACUCGUUUUGAUAGUUGUCACUUACAGAGAAAGAAAAAUAAGCCAAAGCCAGAAAGCAAUCCAAGCCUUACAGUUGUCCAAUACCUCAGGGCCAGUUGGCUAGAAUUUUCUUUUCCCUCAGCCCAUAAUCACUUAGAGUUAGCCAUACAACAAACAGCCUGACAAUCUGACCAGCAUUUCCAUUGAUAUAAAAUGUAAGCAUUCCUUCAUUCUGUAGUUAGGAAUUCCAACUUCAGCCCUAUCUUCAACAUAAUUUCCCAAGUUAACCUAUGUACUGAUACGGACAUUUCUUUGUGAAUCUGCCAGAUUCAAGAAUGUAUUUUUCUAAGGUCAAUAGAGAUAUGACAUUUUAAGUCAGGAAAAAUCACCUAUAAAUUAGUAGGAAUAACUGUAGAAGCAUCACAAAAGAUACCCCAUGUAUAGAUGGCAUGGUGUGCAUGCUGACAGCCACAGGGUCAUACUCUGGAGUUUCAACAUAGAGGCUGUGUUUCAAUAAGUAAGACAAAUUAGGGAAUUAAGUAUAACAAAUGGAUGUAACUGAGGCCAAGAAAAAAAAAAAAGCCCUCUAUUACUAACCUCAAGAAAGUAUUUAGUUUGACUAAUUUGUGCGGUUUCCAGCCCUUCUACUUGUUCUUGCCUAUAAGAGAAUCACUAAUACUCAAAAGCUGGAUUACUGAAGAGAAAUUUUGUCUUUAAAUAUAAUCCAUCCACAAUUAUGGUAUAUGUAAAAAAAAAUGUAUCACUAUGAAAUAAGUCGCAGCUCUUUGCAGAUAUUGCAAAAUCCUUGCUAGGCAUCUACAUCAUAUUAGUUUUUUAAAAAAUACCUCUGUAACAAGACCUAAAAGUAACCCAACUAUUAAGCAGUGCUUUUUUUCGCUGAAAACACACAACCUAAAGAUUUAUCUGUCAUAAAACUGCAUGGUUCCGGAGCUUUAUUUCUGUGUAGAGAUGCUAUUUGUUAGUGAUGGAAACAAAUUAUUUUGUUGCUGUCUUUUGUGUCUAGCAGUUGAGAGAAUGAUAUGACCAUCAUAUCACUGGAUUAUGGGAAUGAAUGCCCUUUUCAAAAUAAGUUUCUUUUUAUUAUUGUUGCUGCUUUAACAGAAAAUGAGCCAUUUGUCCCCAUGCUCCCAAAUUACAAGCAUUUAAAUUAAAAAACUUUUGAAGGAUUUUCCUAAAUAUAUUGUUUUUUAAAGGGCUAACUUUGUGCAUUCAUAUAACAAGAAUUUGGAAUAAUGUGAAAAAUGGAGGCAUAUAAUUUGGGUGGAAAAUCGCAAUUAAAAAUACAUAUAAAAAAAUUAUUAGCCCUGUGUAACGUAUUUAAAUAAUGACCAGAAUAUUUCAUGAGUACCAACUCUUCCCAUAGUAUUUUUACUCCAAAAUGCAAUAGCUCAUUCCCUCAACUGCAGACACUUUGAUUUUUUUUCAAGUUAUAGUGCUAUAGUGCUUGUUUAUGUUUAAAAGUGCACAUUAUGCAGCUCAUUUUAGUAUGCUACUUCCUUGUUUAUUUUUUGUUCUUUUAAUAAACUGCGUAAACUUCUUGGUUAUGUCUUUUUUUAUGAAUCCAUAUUCACACAUUAGGAGUUCACUUGAAGGCUAUUCAUGUUCUAGUAUAUUAAUGCUAAUAUUUAGUAAUUCUAAAAUGAAAUUUAAAUUUCUGAUUUGGCUCAAUGUUAUAUUUCAUACAUAAAGUAAAUUUAUUUCCAAAUAUACCAUCAGUAUUUUGAAUUAUGUAGAUAAUAUAUCCAUUUUGUUAGGCCUAUUACUCCUAUAAGAUUGAAGUUACUAACACAAGAAAGACACUUCUGUUUUAAUAAAAGAAAACUUAAAAUUUUGAGAGAAUGCUUACUAGUUUCUCUUGUGCCUCAGAAAUCCUAAGGCAUAUUCUGAGAUACAUUAUUAGAAGUUUCUCUUUCCCAGUUAUUCAUGUCUAUCCUACAUCCCCAGUGUAACAUAUGAAACCAGUGUUGUUUAUUUCAUACUUUCCAGAUGGGUAUCAAUCAUUUAAUAACAAUGAGAUGCAUGCAUUUUUCCAUUAAAAUGUUUUCUCUCACUUAAAAUUGGUUAUCUUCAACAAAUGGCACAGUAAUAAAAGGAUGAUCAUUUUUGUUCUUUAAGAAAGUAAAUGUAAUUUGGUAAUAUUUUAUUCUGCCUUAUUUCAAAAUGCUUCAAAAAUGCGAAUCUGGAACUUCUCUGCAUUGACCACUGUCCUGGAGUCGGGCUGAUAGAAAACUGGGGUGAACAGAGUUUAGGUCAGAGGCUGUGGCAGAGCAAAGUAUUACUGAUGUGUCAUUUAACAGUGAAGAGGGUCAGGGAGGAGGUUGGGUUUUACUAUUUCUAAGGUGGUUCCCACAAUGGCAUUUCUUGAUAAGCCAACUUUGAGCCGUUUAAUGUUUUGUAGGUGUUUCUGUGAGUCUGAUAAUACCAGCACUAAAACCAGUUCAGUAUAUAGACAUUUACAAGAGGUCUUAGGCCUCUUCAGAAUUCAGUUAAUGUCUUUCUCUUUGGGGCUGCUGAAUGUUAGGUAAGAAUUCAGGGCAAGCAUUCCCGACCAUCAUCAAAGUGGAGACUUGGAGUUUCUAUUGGCUGGAAGAAAGUUGACCCACAGGCAAAACCAGAUGUAAACCAAGUUUGUCUUGGGUACUUUUCAAAUUCUUUUCACAGCAUCCUUUUCUCAUCCCUCAUGGUGGCCUCUGGCCCAGGAAAAUCCUCAAGAUAGCAACUUAUCAGGCCUGCUUCCUCUGAUAGAUCUGGACUUUUCCCCUUAAGUACUUUCCUGUUGGGCUUCUCAGACUAUGGAGAGCUGCUCAUAGUUGAGAUCUAAGAGACAAAUUACCCUAUGGUGUUCAAGAAUGGCCAUACUUAAUGUGCUGCCUGUCCUGAAAG